AUGGCAUCUAAUCCUCCACAAGCUUGUUGUUUCAAGGGGUAUCCUCAGACAGGUACCAUUCAAGGUAAGAUGACCAAAAUGUUUGGAAUUGAAACAUACGUAACAGGCUCAUCUCCAAUUGAGGAUAGAGUUCUAGUUAUCUGUACAGAUGUUUUUGGUUUGCAAUUGAAGCAUAACAAACUAGUUGCUGACGCGUUAGCUGCUGGUGGCUACAAAGUAGUAGUUCCUGACAUUUUGUUUGGUGAUGCUUUAGAACGUUUGGAUGAAACUGUUGAUUUUGUUGCUUGGAGAGAAAAACACAAUGUUACAAAGACAAGGGCAAUUGUAGAUAAAUUUAUGGAAGGACUAAAGAAGGAAUAUAAUCCUAAAUUUAUUGGUGUAGUAGGGUACUGCUUUGGUGCCAAAUAUGCCAUUCAACAGAUACAUGCUACUAAGGGGUUAGCCGAAGUAGCAGCAAUUGCCCAUCCUUCCUUUGUUUCUAUUGAAGAAAUAGAAGCCAUUGGGAGUAAAAAACCCUUAUUAAUCUCUGCUGCUGAAAUUGAUACUGUUUAUACCGCCGAGUUAAGACAUCAAACUGAAGCUAAAUUAAAAGAAAUAAAGGCUAUUUAUCAACAAGAUUUAUUUGGUGGUGUUGAACAUGGGUUUUCAAUUAGAGGUGAUGAAUCUAUUCCACAAAAUGUGUAUGCUAAAGAAAAAGUUUUAUUUGAUCAAUUGUAUUGGUUUGAUUAUUUCUUCAAGAAAUCUAAGAAGUGUUGCAAAGAUUAA